GAGAGGGGGAGGGUUUUGUGUGUGUUUUCUCGCUUAUCAAAUCGCCCACUGGGGGAAUAGAAGUGUCUGAGCUGCAAAUCCAGGGGCGGCCUCACAGGACAGUACAAUACAGUACAGCACUGCACUGCACUGGAGGCGAAACCCUUCCUCCCCCCCGGACUGGAUGCACUGUGUGUUGAGCUGUGCCGCCGGGGAUGUGUGAGCCGCGGUGUUUCAGAGCUUUCUGCUGCAAGGGAUCGCCUACGCCACGAGCUGAAUAUGAUGUCGUUUGUAUAGGCCUUAUGGGAUCUGGCAAAUCAACUCUGCUUACACAACUUUGUUGCGAGAGCACAGACAACAUUGUAUCUACAACAGGUUUCAGCAUUAAAGCUAUUCCAUUUUCGAAUGCUGUCCUGAAUGUGAAAGAACUUGGAGGUGCAGACAAUAUUCGAAAGUACUGGAGUCGAUACUACCAAGGAUCUCAAGGUGUGAUAUUUGUACUGGACAGUGCGUCAUCUGAAGAUGAUCUAGAAACUGCACGGAAUGAGCUCCAUUCGGCCCUUCAGCAUCCACAGCUGCGCACUUUGCCAUUUUUAAUAUUAGCCAACCAUCAAGACAAGCCUGCAGCCCGUUCUCUACAAGAGAUCAAAAAGUACUUUGAACUGGAACCACUUGCAAGAGGACAGCGAUGGAUUCUGCAGCCUUGCUCUACAGAUAACAUGGAUACUGUAAAAGAUGGCUUCAAUCGGUUCAUUAACUUGCUUGAAGAGAAUGAACAUGAGAACAUUCCAGCAAGAAUAUGAACGCUGUUGAAUUCAAACAUUGAAUGGAAACUUUCUCCAACUCUUUACGUAUUUGUACUGUAAACUUUAUACCAUUAGAGCAACAUUAACUGAAUAUUCAUUUAAAUAAGAUGACAUACAAUUUGUGUUCGUAUGAUCCAAUACCCACAUAUCAAGAAAAGAAUCCUUUUCUUUGAAGCAUAACAACUAACUCGUACCACAUCAACUGAAUAAAUGAAGUCAAUUUAAAUUGGAAUCAGCAGACAGUACUGAACUGGUUAGGCCCAAAUCCCUGCCUCUGCUUUUGUCAUUUUUAUUGUAAAUGCAUGAUUCUUCAGUGUAUGGAAAUCAUUUAUCUUGCCUUAAUGAUGAUAGGUUUGGACAACUAUGUUGAUCAGUGUUACAGCUCUGGUCAGUGCUGGUGAACAAAUCAAUAUGCCGUCAGAAUUAACUAAAGUGGUGUCUGGAUGUGGAUUCUCGCACUUUGCUUCUUAUUACUAUAUGUUUAUUAACGCACACAGUUGGUAUAAGGAAUCCAGGCCAGCAAACACUGGAUUUGUGCAUUUGUAAAUCAUUUGGAUAGAAAGGAACGUCUUGGUGGUGUAAACUCCAGUCUAACGCCUUAUCUGGCAUGUACACAAUGUGCUUUUGGGUAUAAACUACUAUAUCCCUCCUGUUAAAGCUUUGAAAUGUCACCAGACACCUUCAGAAAGGUUCUGCUUAAAAGAGCAAAAGUAAGGCAGGAAUCGUUUUACAAGAACAGUUUUUUGCAAUCAUUUAUUGCAAUCAUUGAGCACUACUGUGACUGGCAGCAAGCUACAGACUUUGUUAUUGAAACGCUGAUGGAUGUGCCCAUUGAUUACAAUAGCAUGAGAUGGGUUGAAUUUCAGGAUUUAUCUUAUUUUCCUGAAUGAAAAAUUGCAACGAUUUUUUUUAGUAGCUGGUUUUUUGAGGUAGAAAAUGAUUGCGUCAUAACGUCGUUCUUCUUACAUGUUUGUAAACCAUGUUUGGAAAUGUUUAACACGAUAUGACCUGUGAAUGCAAGUUAGACAAAGACCAACACUACUGAUUUUGUCUUAAAUUUAAAUUCAACUUCUUUUAAUCCAUGUGUUAUUUUCGUGUCACAGUACUUGAAAGAGUUAAAAGAAAAUUGAAGUACUGAAGAUCCUGUGGUAGAUGUCAAUUUGUGCCAUCUGUCAAAUUACUUUGUUGUGUGUUGUAUACGUAUGCGCCAGUCUUGGCACUUCUCAAACCGGGGACUGUCUGCAACUCUUCAGUGGGCAGAAUGAAAACACUAUCAAUCAGUACCCAACAACAGCUGUUCCUGACAAGCCUCUGUCUGACGCCUAAUGCCUUCCAACUGUCGGCUUGGUUCCUCCCUGUCUACCAUCAUCAUCCCUCUGUCCGACCAGCCUCGGUCACCUGGUCUCUGCUUGCAGCUCAAGAAUUUCCAACCGUGUUCUCAGAUACUUUUUAUUUUCACAUCCCUUUUUUUUUCCCCCACAGUGUUCAAUUGCCACAAGUGUCUUGUUAUGCACAUUGUAAAGCUGUCCCAUGUAACUGUGAUACAGUAUAUUGUUGAAAUUUUACACAAGGCUUACUGCAUUUCAUUGUAUUUAUAGAAAAUUUGGAAUUUUUUAUACGCUAAGUAGUUGGCAGUUGCUUUUUUGUAAUAGUAAAAUCAUUCGUAUUUCUAAACUUUGUACCUUUAUUACGGGCAAUAAUGUAUAUUGGUAGAUUAACUGGCACAUAGCCUAUCUUUGUACUGGAAAUACAGCCACUGUAUUUAGCAGUUGACUAACCAUUAUAGCCAAGUAAGUCAAAAAAGCUGCUCUCUGAUUUCCACUGUCCAUCAAUGACAAUAAAGGUUACUCCUGAAUAGAA